AUGUUUGGGCGUGAGAACCUCCGCGGGACCAUCAACGUGCCUUGCGCUGAUCUCCAAACGACAAGGGGUUAUGAAGACCUCUCUAGAAUGAGGGCUGGGAACCAGAGGCUCGACUUCAGAGUCCUAGAGGAAAGGGCGAAGCUGGACCAUUUUCUGUCCCCGGCAAUCCUCGAAAAAGUCUUCCGCGACAAUGGUUUUGGAAAUCAAAAGGAAGAAGUUGUUCAUAGCGAGUACAGAUGGCAGAUAUUUAAAGGGGCGAAACCCUACUCAGCGCUAUGGAACAACCAGUUAGUCUCACGUCGACCAGACGUCAUCAUGUACACGUGCAUGAAUUUUAGAACUAAUGGAGAUAUCAGAAACAUCUACAUUGUCGGACUAGACGAUGAGAUUCAUGAUUUUCCAUCACAGCCAUCUUAUGUUUAUACUUUAUGCCCUAGGAAUAUACAAUACUACCCUCAACUAAUUAAGCUUGCACAGUGA